UUUGCCUUGACAGUCAAAUGCUUGUGUAAUUGUCAAUGUAAAAAAUGUGUUUUUAUUGUUAAAAAAUUGUAAAUUUGUUAUUGUAAAAUUGUUACAUUCUUGUUGAAUGAGGUAAUUGUGAAGCCGUAUAGAGUCAUGACCUUUACCAAUGUCACUGUCUUCACUGAAUUCUACCUGCUGGGAUUUCCAGGACUCCAUCCUCAGUAUUAUGGAGCUGUAGGAACCCUUUUGUUUUUUGUCUACUUGACACUGGCAGGAGGAAAUAUCUUUAUUAUUGCAUUCAUUGCUUAUGAGAGAAGCCUUCAGAAACCCACCUACUUAAUCUUCUGUAAUCUUGCUGUGUGUGAUUUUGCUUUUGGAACUGUAACGCUGCCUAAAGCCAUUGCAAAAUACCUAUUCAAUAGCAGUGAUAUGUCAUUUUAUAGUUGCUUUGUGCAGAUGUUUUUUGUUCAUUACUUAGGGACUGUUAACUCUUUCCUAAUGCUAUUAAUGGCCAUUGAUCGGUUUGUUGCAGUGUGUAACCCACUGAGAUACUGUGUCCUUAUUACAAACAAAACAACUUUUAUGGCAUGUGCUGCAUUUUGGGCAAUCUGUAUAUCGUGGAUGUCAGUCAUUGUUUUUCAUACCUUCGAUGAGCCCUACUGCAAUUCUAAUGUAAUAAAUCAAAAUUACUGUGACCAAAAUUCAAUAAUUAAACUGUCUUGUAGAGAUGUAAGGCAAAAACAAUUUUUUUCAUUUUCAUGUGCUAUGUUUGUUCUUUUGGGCCCAUUAAUAUUUAUUAUAUUUUCUUUCAUUGCCAUCAUCACAUCUGUUUUCAAAUUCUCAGACAUUCAGGCCCGAUAUAAAACAUUCUCAACUUGCACUCCUCAGCUUCUUAUCAUUUGUCUGUACUAUGUGCCCAGAUGUGUUGUUUAUGUGCAUGAUGUGACAAUUGCGAUCUCACCUGGCAUCCGGGUUAUGUUAACUAUGUGGUACAGUCUGCUCCCACCUGUUGUCAAUCCGAUGAUAUACUGCUUCAGAACCAAAGAGAUCAAAGAUGCAUUAAAGAAAAAAAUUAGAGAUAGGAAAGUGAGUAUGCAGAUAUAA